AUGUGUUAUUCAACCAAGAAGCUUCGAGAAAAGACCGUCCUAAUAACGGGGGGUACGGCUGGUCUCGGCUUAGAGAUAGCCAAGGAUCUUGCGGUGAGGGAAGCCAGAGUGAUCAUAGCAUGUCCCUUUGAAGACGAGGGGGAAGCAGCGAAGAAGGAAAUUCUGAAAUAUUCUAGAAACUCAGAAGUUAUAUACAGACAUCUAGAUCUUUCGUCGCUAGCAUCUAUACGACAAUUUGCGUGCGAUAUAUUAGAAAAAGAAAGUAGACUGGAUAUCCUCGUUAACAACGCGGGAGUGUGUAUGGUGGAUGACCAUCUAACGAGCGACGGUAUGAGUUAUGCGAUGCAAGUGAAUUAUUAUGGGCACUUCCUAUUAACCCUUCUAUUACUGCCGUUAUUGAAGAAGACAGGAACCGAUGGUGGUCCCGCGAGGAUUAUCAACAUGUCAUCCCUCUCACAUAGAAGAGCAAGCACGAAUAUCGACAAUUACAAUGCGAUUAGCCACUGGUCGACCACCUACUUCAAUAGCAAGCUCAGUCUAGUUCUAUUCACGCGUGAGUUAAAGCGAAGGUUGAAGACAUUUAACGUAGUUAUCAAUUGUGCGGACCCUGGCAUCGUAUCGACUGGAAUUUAUAACCAUACAAAGAACGUAUUUGCGCAAAUUUUUAUAUACAUCAUGUUACUGUUUGCGAGGAGUCCUCUAGAAGGUGCUCAGACGGCCAUUUUUCUGGCUGUUGAUGACGCUGGGUUGGCGACUGGAAAGUAUUUCGCUAAUUGUAAGCAGAAAGAUGCUAGCCGCAAAGCAUUUGAUGAAUCUGUUGCAAUGAGACUUUGGAAUCAAUCUGUGAAACUUGUGCGGUUAACUAACGAAGAAUUAAGUGCAAUAUUUGAGGUGAAAAAGUAUUUGUUUCGAUAA